CUUGCCGACAGCACAGCUGAUUUUCAUUUUCCAAAAUCUUGGAAGCAAGGCAGUGCGAUAAAACUUAAGAAGGAAGUUUCGAAGUGGUGAAUUUUUGUCUUUGAAUUUUCUGUUCUUGAAGCAAAGUAACAAAAUGUCGAAGACAUGCAAGGGCCCAAAGCACCGAUCGGACAGUUUUUUUUCGUGGUUCAUUAGUGUUUGUUCCUCGGUGUGUCAAGCGUUGAAUCUUGGUUUUGCAUUGAGUUUUGGAGUAUUGCUUCCAGAGCUGAUGAAAGAGUUCGGCGAAAGCCGUCAGAAAACUGGUAAGUUUCUCACCUUGAAUUAUUUACCCGUGCUGUUUACUCUUACAACAAGCGACUGCUGCAUUUCAACUCACAUCUCAUCGAUGAGAUAUAGUGAUGGACCGUUUAAACAAAACAGCUAAGCUCAAAGCCGGAGCUAAUUACAGCGAUCUUUGACCGAUCCAUUCAAACAAAUAUCGUGUAGGUGCAGUCUUUCAAGAUUUCAAUAGCUAGUAAAUCCUCGGCUAUCUAUAUCAACUAACUCAUGGUCUUAUUGAUAUAGAUAGUCGAGAGUAUUCAAUUCAACACUCCGAGAGUCGCACGAGGGGAAGCCAUCAACUUAAAUUUCGUGUGACAUAUGCAAAUAAAGACGUUUUUAAAUUCUCGUUUUUUCCAAAAACUAUAGCGGACUGGAAUUGCUUUCCUUAGACCAUUGUUUCAUCAACUUCCUUAGAAACUUUUAAAUAUAGGUUAUCGGCUUUUCUUAAAUAACAGUUGUAUAUAAUUAUUUUAUACUUUACUUAACUUUUAUAUCAUUAUUUUAUAUAUUGAUAUACCUGUAUUUUAUUCAUUUACUCAUUUUAUAUAUUUAUCUAUUUGUUUGUUGUUAUUUUUACGGUUUGUGAGAUAUCUUAACGAUUUUACCGACCCAAUGCAUGUAAAUUUCAAUGUAAAUAACUUUGUGAUAUUAUACCGCAACUGACAAAUGUAAGCGUCGUUUACUCCAUAUUUCAUAAAUCGCGUAAGACAUGCAAUCGCAAGUGUGUCCUAUUGGAAAUACCAAACUUGCAACUAAGAAACUUAGAAUGUAUAACAUCUGAAUGAAGCACAGUAGGGAUUUAUCUUGGCUUGGAUGGCUUGUAAAUUUGUGCGUGACAACGGCAGCGAUUGGUCACGCUUCGAAAAGCUCCUGCUACUCUGCGACUUUGAUGGCUCCAUGUAUCGCGUUUUUAUUUAAUAUAACCAGUUAUAAGACGAAAUUUGGAUCUCAAGCUAAAAAUACCCAGAGGCAAAGACGACGUUGCCGUAGAAAGCAAUUUCUAAUGUAAGAAGAGCGUUCGAAAUAAUCAGAAUGCGAAGUUGUGCGCUGAAUGUGGCCUGUGGAUUCACGCAAAGAGCUUCAACACGUCGACAUCGACUUUUAAAUUUUUUCUUGAACGACCAGCAAUCGAAUAGACUUGUCUACCGAGAUUGGGGGACUAAUUUUUUUUACUUGAGGAUGAAAAAAUAAUUACUACUAAAGGAAAUUAUGCAAAUCAGCUUCUUCUACAACCUAAUGCAAAUGAGAUGAAUAACACACAAUUUCACUCCCGAGAAUAUAUUGCAAUUAACAACUGCGGCCAACAGGAAUUUGAUCUGCUCUUGCAAGAAAGGCAGGAACAUUCCAAUCGGACGUCAUGAAUGUUCCAUCUGAACAUGAGCAGCCUCCAAAAUAAAUUUGAUGAACUGAAACUCCUGAAUGAUAAGAUGAAGUCGCAAAUUAUUUUUCUCUCAGAGAAAAAGAUCGACAUUUCCUACCCGAACAGCCAGUUCACCUUAACGGGUUACAACAUGUAUCGAAAAGACAGAGAGAAAGGAGGCGGUGGGAUGAUAGCCUAUUUUGAUUCUAGUCUACCCUCGGAGGAUCUGAAAGUAACGAAGAGAUACAAAACACUCGAGAUUCUUGCAGUGGAAGCUAGCCUUGGCAACAACGAAGUCAUUUUUCUUGGGAUAUACCGACCCUAAAGCAGUCGGAUCACUAACAACACCCACAUUACUUAGAACGUGUUGAGGAGGAACUGAAUGACGUUUCAGUGUGGGCUUCCCUCAAGAAACAGAUUUUUAUUAUUACAGGUGAUCUGAACCUGGACAGGCGAAAACCAGAAAGCAGUGAAGGGAAAAUACUUGCCGACCUAAAAAAAAGUGCAUGGAAUGCAAUGUUAAAUUACCAAGCCGACGAGGAUUAAGCCAAUAUCAGAGACACUGCUGGACGUUAUUUAAAUCAACAAACUCAACCUUCUCAAGACAGGAGGCCCUUUUAAACCAGAGAUAAGUGAUCACCACCUCAUUUAUGACCUUUUAAAGCAAUCUGCAUUACAGCAUAGACGAAAGACCAUCACAUUUAGAAACCUGAAAAACGUGGAUACGGAUCACCUUAAUGAGGACUUGGCAAAUGCUCCCUGGACUAUUGGAGAAACAUUCGAUGCCAUCAAUAUGACGCAUUUGAAAGUGUACUGGACAAACAUAUGCCGCAAAUGAAGAUGAGUGUUAGACCGAAAGAUGUACCAUAUAUGGUGGAAGAAUGGAAAAUGAGAGAAAAAUAACACGGGAUAUUUAACUGUGGAAGAUUCUUUAAUAAGAAGCCAAUAAGUUUGAGUAUAGCCGGUACGGAAAUUAAAAAACGUAUUUAUUUCAUAUAUCAUUUUUGUGAAGUGUUUAUUAACUUUGACUUGUUUUAUGUUAUUUUUUACCCUCCGUUUAUAACUAGUCCAUAAACGAGUUUUGUUUGCAUCUGUAAUUGUGUCAUUUAAUAAAACUUUUUGCCGUCUAAAAGCUUUCCGUAAUCUUUGCAAUAUAUCAACAAGCAACAGAAAGUACAAAAAAGAAUUAGAGAAAAAAAUGUCCCCAUUUAAGUUUUACUUCUGGUGUUAGGUUGAUCGGUCGAAUUCUCUAGGGAUAAUGUGCCACGCAUUUUAAAAUUGGAGCCUAAUGAAGUAAGAAGUUGGAUCAAGCGAGCCUCUUGUACAAUAUUAAAAUCUCUUGCAAUAUUUAGCCUUCUCGAUGAGUUGAAGCGUUGGCCGUAAAACGGCAAAAAAAAUAGCCUUUAGUCGUAAAAAAAGUUAAUCAUGAAAAUAUUCUUUCAACCAUUAAGAAAUGAACUUUUAGUCGUAAAAUGGCCGAAAUAUUUAACCGGUACUCUUCACAGUCAUCCGCUCUAUUGAAACCCUUUUUAAUGCUUCUUUUCCUAUAGCAUACCCAGAAUGCCAUACGCAAUGAUAUAUUUGUCAAUUAGUUGCAACCUCGUUCCAAGGGAGAUUACCCAAAGAACGAGAUUGAAUCGGUCGCUAAGACGUAGAAUUUGCACAUAUGCAAAACUGAUGAAAACUCAGUUGAAUACUUUUGUUUGUCUCUCAGUGAUUACGUACUCAUAAGUCUUCUGCUUUAAAAUUUCAGUGUGGGUAGGUUCACUGGCGAUUGGUCUAACCUUCUUCCUUGGCCCUCUGGGAUCACUUUUGUGCCAAACCGUCGGAUGUCGCUUCACCUCUUUUCUUGGUUGUAUAGUUUGUGCCGUGAGCUUGCUAAUAACUUCGUAUUCUUCAGGUCUUGAGUGGAUGUUUUUAACUUACGGCUGUGUGUUUGGCACAGGGUCAGCAUUGAUGCUUUCGUCAUACUUUCUCAUAACAGCAAAGAACUUUCGUAGAUGGCAAUCUCUCGCCGUGGGAAUCGUCACAGUCGGGGGCAGCAGUGGACUUCUUAUUAUGGGCCCUUCACUACAGCUCCUGAUUGACAUAUUUGGUUGGAGAGUAACUUACAGGAUCAUUAGUGUACCGUUCUUCCUAAUGGCGAUUGUUUCUGGAGUAGCUUUUGUAGAACCUAUUCAGGAUGCUUUAGAGACUACUUCGCAUAGUCCUGUAGAGAAACAAAGUGACCCAGAGUUCCCUUCUUUGAGAGCAGAAUGUCCAGAAAUGGGCUUGAUCCGUGGGGAGCGAAUGGGACUGACUGGGAAAAGAAAACUUAUAAAAAUUACUGACGAUAAUUGUCCAACAGAAACCCAAGAAACUAAUCAAGUGAGAUCUUUCGAGGUGGCAGCCAAUACUGAAGGCACUAUGGUAUCAAACUCGACUGGAAAAUUGAAUAAACUGUUAGACUUCUCCGUAUUUAAAAUUCCAUCUUAUACCUUGGCGGUUAUAAGUCUUUGUUUAAUGAACUUUGGACAUUUCAUCCCACAAAUACAUAUGGUAAGUCAGUUCUCGUGUUGAAACGUUUUACAUUAGGCCAAGGGGCGUUUUGAGUCGCGAAUGGGCUACACUACUACAGUAUAUUUAAUCCCCGCACGGGAACAAGGAAAUUUAUUGUUUCCUUGGGAAUUAUAAUUUUAUAGCACGCAUCCUCAGUAUAUUGUUUGUCUUCUUCAUACGCAGGUGAACUAUUGCCUCGAACUCGGUAUUUCUGCUGACUCAGCAUCCUGGUUUUUCAUACCUUUUGGUUUAUCAUCCUCCCUAGCUCGUUUUGUAACAGGGAGGAUCUGUGACGUCAUCUGGGUUAAUACCAUGUAUAUUUACCAGUUUGGGGCUUUACUCGACGGAUUUGCUAUCGUUGUGCUUCCAGUAGUGAGAAAUUACGUAGGAAUUCAAGUUUUUGCUGUGAUUUAUGGCAUUGGUGAUGGCAUCUUUAUUACGACAAUGAACUCACUUCUCAUGUUCAGCGUGGACGAAAAGCGCAGAGCGGCCGGGUUUGGUCUGGGAAAUGCUCUAAUCUCAUUGGUAAUAGCGUCGGGAUCUCCCUUUGCAGGUGAGCACAUGUUAGGGUUACUUGCUGUCGACACUGGGUCUCUUUGAUCAUUUCUAAUUUUUGCGAUUGUCAAAAUCAGUUAAGAAACUUACACUGUAUCUGUCAGCCACUUUUAUGUAUGGGUAGUCCUGAUAAUAUUAAUUCAAUCAACUAGGAACUUUUUCGUGACCCAGGCUUAUCACUCUGUUAGAUUGUUGAAGCGACACUCACUGGCAUCAAAUGUUUGUUUGUUUUUUAAUAAGGACAAAACAUUCCCUUCUAAGUUAAAACGGUUCACUGUGCAGUUGACAUGCUUACGAUUUUUCUUUCACCAGUUUGUUGGAAGACAAUCAAGGCUGACUUCUAACAUUUGUUCAAGUUAAAUUUUACACGAGUAGAAUUUUUUCUGUGAAUAGCCCCGUUUAUCUUAUUAUUUCAGGAUUCAUUAUUGAUACAACUGGUUGCUACACCUGGGCGUUUUUUACGGCUGGUAUUGUGACACAUGUGGCUGGUCUAGUGCCGCUGACUCUGUUUUGCCUGAAGAAUAAGAAGGAUGAUGACUUGAAAAAAGAUAAAACACGGAAAUUGCUUCUGUGACUAACUUCAUUCCGCAAAAGCAAUUCAUUUAUUAGGACAUUUUUAAGUCAAACCACAACAAUGACAGAAACAACAAAAAAUUAAGCUACAAUUGAUGUAUUCGGGUAUCUCCUCUCUCGUUGAAACCAACGGUGGCGGCUUUUGGCACCUCGUAAGAUUAUUCUCGGGAUGAAAUGAAAGGGUAUUUACUGUCCUGUGAUAGGACAGAGAGAUCAGUCUGAAGAAUCCACGAUAAAGAAAGGAGUUAAAUUUA